AUGACAGUCUCAAAUUAUAUUGUUUCUCUAGCGGAGGCUCAAACACGGCUUCCUCCUCCAGUGGCAUCUAGUCGGUUGCUCGAACAAAUCGAUCAGCAGGUAGAGCAGCUUCCUAUCCUCGUGGUUCUCGAUGACGAUCCCACUGGAACACAAACAUGUCAUGGAAUCAAUGUCUUGACAGUGUGGGACGAUGCAACUUUGGUAGAAGAGUUUCACACAUGCGACCGUGGAUUCUUCAUACUCACCAACUCGCGCGCGCUCCCUACCGCUGAAGCCCGGAAACUCAUAUCUGAUAUCUGUACUGCCGUGAAGAAGGCAGCAGUACAGGCACAAAAGACCUUCGAAAUCGUCUUACGCGGUGAUUCGACUUUACGUGGACAUUUUCCCGAUGAGCCCCAGAUUGCCGAGGAGGUAAUUAGGAAAGUCGAUGGCUGGAUCCUCGCACCGUUCUUCCGACAAGGCGGGAGGUUCACCAUUGACGAUGUCCACUAUGUGGCCGAUGCUGAAGGGAAUCUAGUUCCGGCUGCCCAAACCAUUUUUGCAAAGGAUGCAACAUUCGGGUACACAAGCUCCAAUCUGAUUGACUACGUAGUCGAGAAGUCAAAUGGCUCAAUUCCUCGUCAUCGUGUGCAGUCUAUCUCUCUGCAUGAUAUCAGGGAGGGGGGUGUUUCUGCUGUGGCAGAAAGGUUACUCAAAUUUGCUCAAGGGUCUAUCAUCAUUGUCAACGCUAUAGUUGAUACUGAUCUGGAAAUCUUUGUUCUUGGACUGCUGCAGGCGAAAUCUGCUGGUCGCAACUAUAUUUAUAGGACAGGAGCUGCCUUUGUAUCGACACGACUAGCGAUAAGGCCAAAGCCUCCCCUCAGUGCAGGAGAUUUAGGACUGAACACUGAGGCGUCUUCUCCAGGCGGGUUGAUCAUUGCCGGGUCCUACGUGUCCAAAACAACCGAUCAGCUUCAAUCCCUGACUUCAGGCCGUGGACCCGCGCUAAAGGUCAUCACUCUGGACGUAGAGAGUCUGCUAAAUAACACUGAAAGCAGCUACAGUACGGUAUUAAGUGCUUCUGAUGAAGCUGGCAAAUAUAUUUCUGAUGGACAAGACGUCCUAAUCAUGACAAGCAGACGACUAGUUAGCAGCCAUGACGAGCUCUCCGGUUUGCAGAUAGGAAGCAUUGUGUCUAAUGCGUUGGUUCUGUUUCUACGGCUUCUAAUUCCCCGGCCUCGAUACAUCAUUGCCAAGGCGAGUUGUCUUCUGUGUAAAACAAUGAUGUAA